CCUGACGCCGGGGGUCUCUCGCAGAGCCUGGACCUCUCCAACAACCAGCUGACGGAGCUGCCGGCCGAGCUGGCCGACUGCCCCCGGCUGAAGGAGGUCAACUUCAGGGGCAACAGGCUGAAGGACAAGCGGCUGGAGAAGAUGGUCAACGGCUGCCAGACAAAAUCCAUCCUGGAGUAUCUGCGGGUGGGAGGCCGCGGAGGUGGGAAAGGGAAAGCCGAGAGCGCGCGAGAGGAGAGCAGGAAAAAGAAGAGAGAGAGGCGCCAGAAGGAUAGCGGGGACGGGGAGCAAGACGAGCUGGAAGACAUCAACAAGCUGUUGGUUAAGGUUCUGCAUGUCUCUGAAAAUCCUGCGCCCUUGACUGUCAAAGUGAGCCCCGGCAUCAAAGACGUCCGACCGUUCAUUGUGUGCUGCGUGCUGAAAGGAGUAAACUUGAAGCCAGGAAAUGCUUUGAAGAGGUUUCUCUCUGCCCAGACUAAACUGCACGAAGACAUCUGUGAAAAGCGAACAGCAGCCACAAUUGCCACACAUGACUUGCAGCUGAUCAAAGGUCCUCUGAUAUACGAUGUUCAGCCUCCUAGUGAAUUGAAGAUAAUGCCACUAGGUCGAAAGGAGAUCAAGGCAAAGGACCUUCUCCGUCAGCUGCAGUUAGAAGCUGAGGAGCAGAGGAAACAGAAGAAGCGUCAAAAUAUCUCUGGAUUGCACAAGUAUCUUCAGCUACUGGAUGGCAAAGAUAACUAUCCGUGUCUUGUGGAUGCUGAAGGUGUUGUUAUUUCUUUCCCGCCAAUAACCAAUAGCGAGAAAACAAAGAUUAGAAAAAGCACGUGUGAUCUAUUUCUAGAAGUGACAAGUGAUACCAGUUUGCAGAUAUGCAAAGAUGUCAUGGAUGCGCUAAUUCUGAAAAUAGCAGAACUAAACAGAUUCACCUUGGAAAAUAGGGAAGAAGACUCGGGCUCAGAUAAUGAAUCUGAUGCUCUUUGUGGACCAGUGAAUUUGAAUCCCAGCCAAAAUGUACAGCAAAUGAAUUCUCCAUUGGUAGCGGAGCAGGUUCGCGUGGUGGACACAGAUGGAAACUUGAAAGUACUUUAUCCUUCAAAAACUGACCUAACCACAGUUUCCUCUCUUCUGACUGUAAUACGUUAGCAGCUAUCAAAUCUAAGAGAGGUAUUCAGUUUUCAUCUAUUUCAUGGUCAAGAAUGCAACUUGUACACGGUGAGAUUGUUAGUUUAUAUAUAUGUAUUCUUUUUUAAAGAAAGGUGCAGUGUAUCCUGCCUUGGUAUGUAAAAACUUUUAAGUUCGAACAAGCUAUGGCAAUGAGUAUUGCAUUCUUUCAGCCUUAAUAAAAAGUUACCGCUAUUCUGACGAGUUAGAGAUAUCGGUAUCUCCAAAGGCAAACUUAAACCAAAAAGUGGUAUUAGAAGUUAGAAUGCAUUAACUUGUAGAAAGAAUCAUAACAGCAUGAUAGCAGUUUAUAAAAUGGGUGCAGUCAUAUUUUUCUGCAAGAUCACUAUUUCUUCCUGGUAGUUUUCUGCUGGAUUGUUAUUUUAGUAGCUAAACUGAGAAAUCCAGAAGAUGACAGCAUUGAAACUAGCCAAGCUAUAUGCUGUAUACCAGUACUAGAGACAGAAUGCCAAAAUACUUAGCUAGCAUACCAUCAAAAGGUAUGGUAUUUGGGAAGAUUUACGUUAAUUAGGGCCUUGGGUUUUUUUGUGGGGUUCUGCAUAACUUUAUAUCUGGAGUAAUCAUGAAACACUGAAAAUUCUGCAUCUUUUAAAAAAGCUUCAAUCUAAUUGCUGUCAAAACUUGAGCUUUAAAGUGAUCUCACAUUAACCCAGCUUCCAUUUUUUAAAAGAAGUCAGCUGAAUUGACUGCAGGGGGCUUUGUUUCCCAGUGCAUUUUACAGCUAUAACCCAUGUUUGUGGUGUAGUGAACUUGUGUGGGUUCACGUUGAGUUAGCUGUUGAUCAAGCAUUGCAUUUAUUCUUGCUCAUGAAGUUUAGCUCUGUUCUGAGGGCUAACGUUGGUCUGUGUCGCCACUGUUAAUGCUCCCCUAUCUGCCUAGAAUACAAGCACUCUUGCCCCAAAGUGAUCCUCGUGGAAUUCUCUAUCACACUCUAAGGUGAAACGGGGGUGGGGGCC